UUCUAGAACCCACUGGAUGCUUCUCGCCUCGUCUCCAACCUGAUCCCAUCCACAAAUCAUCGAACUUUCUGGACGCGUUUCCUUCCCGUGGAAACAAUCGCGCUUGGCUCGCAUCCUCCCGUCCUCUCCUCUCCACGCGGACACCGCACUCCCGACAACCUAACUGCUCAAUGGCGUCGCCGGCGGCGGGGACGCCGCCGUUCCUGACGAAGACGUACGCGAUGGUGGAGGACCCGAGCACCGACGACACCGUCUCGUGGAACGACACCGGCACGGCCUUCGUGGUGUGGCGCCCCGCCGAGUUUGCCAGCGACCUACUCCCCAAGCACUUCAAGCACAGCAACUUCUCCUCCUUCGUCCGCCAGCUCAACACCUACGGAUUCAAGAAGGUGGUGGCGGAUAGGUGGGAGUUCGCCAACGACUGCUUCCGGCGAGGGGAGAAGCACCUGCUUGGAGGGAUACAGAGGCGGAAGGGGACUGGCGCCGCGGCUCCUGGUAUACCGACGGCGAUACCGAUCUCGUCGCCUCCCACUAGCUCCGGCGGGGAGGCGGCGAUUUCCUCAUCGCCGCCCCGAGGGGCGGCGGCCUCGGCGGGGGUGAGCGGCGCGGUGGCCGAGCUGGAGGAGGAGAACGCGCGGUUGCGGCGCGAGAACGCGCGGCUGGCGCGGGAGCUGGCCCGCGCGCGGCACCUCUGCGAUGGCGUGCGGAGCCUCGUGUCGCGGUACGACCGCGGCGGCGGGGUGGAGGACGCGGAGGGCGAUGAGGGCCACGACGGAGGCGGCCCCAGGGGGAAGCCGAUGCUGUUCGGCGUCGCGAUCGGGGGCAAGAGGCCGCGCGGCGCGGACGGGGACGAGGAGGAUGACGGCGAGGACGAGGAGGAAGACGACGACGAGAAGCAUGCGGCGCGGCGGCGGGAGGGUAAGAUGAGGAGGAACGAACUGUCGGAUCUGGACGUGCUCGCACUGUCCGUGCGGGCAGCGGCGGCGGCGAGGCCGGGCGGAGGGUCGCAUGACCGCAAGAGCUCGGUCUCGUAACCGCGCCGCUGGGAUUGAGAUCAGUAACACUCCUGUAGGCUGCAGUCUCACUUGUAUUAGGAGGGUGUAGGCGUGAACUGGAACAUCUUUGUAUUGUCCGUCCUCGAAGCUCAGAAAAAGGGUUUGUUUAGCGAAGGCAAGCUAACCCUAAUAUUUUGCCGUAGGUCUGUAAACUGUAAUAAGAUUGUAACUUCUUUUCUGAGACA